AUGAACGCACCAGCCAACGACAAAUCAUCCUUCACCGUCGAGGCCAAAAAACCCGACGACGUCAAGCCCGGCGAGAGCAUCAGGGUCCUCGCCACCAUCAUAGUAGGGCCCUCAGGCAACGGCAAGCGAGCCCUCCUCGACCGCCGACAGUCCGGCGGCGUGUGCCAGCUGCAGAUGCAGAUCGACGGCACCUCCGUGUACGACGCCCAGGUGUCGGCCGCCGGCGCCGGCGGUGCCACGAUGGACAUCGCCACGAACGGCGCGCAGGCGGCCACGGACAUGCCCAAGAUCAACGUCACCCAGAUCUGCGGGUCGACGCCUGUCGAGGUCACCGUCACCAACAUGUUCGUAACGAGCGUCAACGGCGGCGUGAUGAACCCGGAUGUCGGCCCCAGCUCGACUGGCUCGGGAGGUGGUGAUAACGGCGGGAGCACUACCUCGGGAACCAGGACUGGCUCAGCCACUACCAGCACUCAGAGUGCUACUGGUGGAGGUAACAACAAUAACAACGGUGGCCAUUCUGCUCUCGACGCUUCGCGGUCCUCCAUCUGGGCUCUCUGCUUGAUGGUCCCCGCCGUUGUUCUCGCUAUCUGA